CUCCUGAUGACGUGUUAGCUUUCUUUGACAGCGAUUUGUGGAAGUAAACGAUAACGAAAGAAAAAUAGAAAUAUAACAUCUCAAUAACUGUUGAUCAGGAGAUUUUUUGUAAUUUUGGUGGCGUCUUUUUCCGUCGCUGAAGAUGGAGACGCUUUACCACCAGACCAAUAAACAAAUCCAGGAGGUUCAGUCUCAGAUGGGACGACUAGAGACAACAGACAAAGAGUCAGUCCACUUAUUUGAGAAUGAACUCCAAGCCAGAAUCGAUCAGAUCUUUAACCAGUUGGAGCGACUGGAGAUUCUUGCCAGCAAAGAGCCACCAAAUCGCCGUCAAAACGCCAAACUCCGUGUUGAUCAGUUGAAGUAUGACGUACAACAUCUUCAGACAGCCCUGAGGAACUUCCAGCACAGACGUUAUGCUCGUGAGGCGCAGGACAGGGAGAGAGAGGAACUCCUGAGUCGAAGUUUCACAACAAAUGAUGCAGACACUUCUAUACCUAUUGAUGAGACUCUGCAGUUUAAUUCAAGUCUAUACAAUGCUCACAGAGGAAUGGAUGACCUGCUGGGCUCAGGGUCCAGCAUCCUGAAUGGCCUGAGAGACCAAAGGGAAACACUUAAGGGUACCCAUAAGAAGAUGUUGGAUGUUGCGAAUAUGCUGGGCUUGUCUAACACCGUCAUGCGCUUGAUAGAGAAACGAGCGACGCAGGACAAAUUCAUCAUGAUGGCUGGAAUGCUGGCUACUUGUUUUGUCAUGUUUCUGGCAGUUAAAUACCUUAGCUGAACUGUCCCCCUUUCGACGGAGUUUGAACCCAUCAGUGCGUCAUUCCAACCUGCAGGACUUUUCUGUGAAAAUCCAUAACUCAUAAUCUAAAAUACCUUACUUGAAAAUUGUCAAACAUUAAGCACCUGCUAUUUUGUGGAAAGGCUGCUAAAUAAGUGAGGCCAAUCUCAUCUUUUAUCCCUCUAUUCUUGCAUCUUAUGUACAGUAUUUUAAAAGUCAUUGGAUCACUUUAACUCAUUUCAUUUAAGCUGUCGAAAAACAGCAUAUUGCUCUAAGUGCGUCGUUUUUUUGAAGUAUAUUGACUGAACUAAAGAGCAGACAUCCAGAAACCCAAUUCAUGACUUAUUUCUUAAUCUUUGCUUAUCUUUGUUUACUGUUACUGUGGUAAUAUAAAACAAUUAGGCAAUAAAAUGUCAAAUAAUCAGUAUAAA